AUACAAAUUAGAGAAAGACUAAAACUUAAUUAAAAUUAAAACAAAAGUAAAAUAAAAUAGGCAAAUGUUAAACCAACUGCUUAUUAUAGAACAGAUUGAAAAAAGAAAUCAAUAAGAUAAAAGCAAAGAAUAAAAUACAACUAAUAAUCUCUCUUCAAACAACAAUUAUUUUAAACUGUCUGGGGAAAAAAAAAACAUUCAUUUAUAUUUCAAGCAUGGAAAGGGUGGAGCUUUCUCUGCAUUUCAUUCUGAAAAACUAGACAUGUGAUUAAGAUUGUCAUACCUCUGACUUUCCUCACAUUAUCUGCCUCAUCCUGAGAGACUUGGAAACAGCAGCUACGUGUCUGCAAGCAAGAUAAACCAAGCUCUGAUCAUGGAUAAGAAGUUGGACCUGUCCAGACUAACAGAAGAGGAGGCCAAACAUGUGUGGGACGUCAUUCAGAGAGACUUCGAACUCAGGAAGAAGGAAGAGGAGAGGCUGGGGGAGCUUAAAUCCAAGAUUGAGAAGGAGGAAACAAAGAGGGAACUCCUGGGGUCUCAGACAAAUCUGAGUGACUCUCAUUGCAUCCGCUGCCUGCAGCCCUUUAAGUUCCUGGUGAACAGCAAACGGCAGUGUAUGGACUGCAAACUCUACACCUGCAAGACCUGCAGCCGCUACAACAAGAAGGAGCGUGGCUGGGUGUGCGACCCCUGCCGCAUGUCCAGGGUCCUAAAAAUUGGAACCUUGGGGUGGUACCAUGACAAUGUACGCUCUCGCUUCAAGCGUUUUGGCAGUGCAAAAGUAAUGAGGUCACUGUACAAGAGAUUAAAUGAAGAUGGGCACCGUGAAGAUGACACACAGAGCAUGCCUGACGUGCGCAAUGUGCAUAAUGGUCAUCAUGAUGAUGAACAUAUGGAUGCUGCUGAAGCUCAACGUUAUAAGCAGAUACGGAAGACCAAGCGUCUACUCUCUGUCCACCCCAUGGAUCUCGACAUGGACGACUACGCCACUCACUCUCGCAGACAGUCUCUCCAGCACAUCCAUGAAGAUAGAGGUCAGCGUAAUGAUCUAGAAUACAGUUCUGACAUGUACCAUCACCAUCAUCAUCGAAUGAACCGCAGGAAAAGCCUCGACAGGUUCUUGCGCCCAGGUGAACUCAAAAACAAGGGAGAGCUGGAUCCAUGCAAUGAUGGCUUGUAUUCUGAAAACAGAAUGGUACGCGCUCGCUCUCUCUCUAAAAUCAACUCCUCUAUGGCUCCGCGCCAGAUCUACCUGGACACUUCAGAGGAGGAAGAUAUGUUCCGUUACCCCGUCUACCAGCUGCCCCCACGACGCCGCAGUCGAGCUUCAUCUCAGGAAAACAUUCAUCAGGGAGCACCACCGAUCAAUGAACUGAGCAAGAGAAUGUCUGCCAUUGAGAGUCUAUUGAAUCGACUGGAAGAGAAAAUGACUUUGCCUUCUGAUCAGCCUGUUCAGCCCACAGCAGGGCAGAUGGAGGAGGAGAAGCUUAGGAGAAAACUAGAUGAGCUGAUGAGCGACAAGGCGCUUUCCUCUGAUGAAGAUGAGCCGAAGAGACCUGCUCAGUCCAAAGGGUCCAAGGGUGUGAAGGGGGAACCGGCACCAACGGCCCCUGCGUCCCAAGAUCCCUUGAGCUCCUCCAGUGAUGAAAUGCCCACUGAAGCACAAAAGAGAUCCACCGCGGCGGCCCUAUGCGACAUCACAACUGAGAUUCUAAGAACAAUUAAUGCCACUGAAAGCGCUAUGAACGAGUUGGCCCACUCAAAUCCUAAUGACAGACUUCAGUUAGCGGGCACUGAUGUUAAGCAGGCUGAUGAUGCAUACAGGGAACUUGAGGAAAAUGUGUACAUGACUUCAGGGAAGUCCUUCGAUAUAACGAAAAAGUUGCAAAUGAUUGAACAGAAUGCUAAGAAUCACUACAGAGGCCCGCUAACUGAUUCAGAGCUCUCUGAUCUAGAGGACCAGGUUGCUUUGGCAGCCGCUAAAGUUCAGAGCACAGAAAGUGAGGUCUCAGACAUUGAGAACAAGAUAGCUGCUCUAAGUGCUAAAGGAUUAUCAAUUGAUAAAGCCAAGAAAAAGGCACUGAGUAUACAACAAAAAAGGAAGUUUUCCCAAGACAUUCCUUCAAACAGAGUACACUUUUGAGUGUAAACAGGACAUCACUUUAACUUCUCUGUUGCAUCAGCCCUUAUACGUGUGCAUGCAUUCGGUCCAGAGGAUGUUUUGCAAAUCAUCAGAAGACAAGAAUACUCUGAGCCCCAAAGGAUUAAACAGUAUUUUUCCAUUUAUGUUCAAAUUUUAAUUGCAUGAGUUAUGUUGUUUCACUAGUACAAAUUGGUUCAAUUACUAGGAAUAACAUUUCUCCUAUACACAAAUGUAAUGUAGAUGUCAGUGAGGUUAUCAUGUAUUGCUAAUGAAAUAUACCCUAUAUAUGAAAAUAUAUUACUCCGUAAUAUAAUGACUUAUCUAAUAUUAAUCUGAUCUUGAAUUAGCACUAGUAAACUUUGUGUCUUGUGUAAAUGAUCAGGCGACUUGACCAAACCCCAAGCUUUAACUAAAAUUAUUAUUAGUUAAAAUAAUGAAAUUGACAAAAUAUGUAUUCCUGCCAAGAAAAAUUGCUUUUCCUUGCCUGCUUUGUUCCUCAAAUUGCGUUUACAACUUUGAGAUUUUAAUAAUAAAGGAAGGUAUUCCAAAUAAUAGU